AUCUAGAGAAGAAAAUUUGAGAAGUUGGGUCAACUCCACUGUGUUAAAGCUGAGAAGCCUGUGUCUCUGCUUAUUUGCUUGUUUCUCGGUUUAUCAUUUGAGUUCCAUCAUCUGAUGAUUAGUCGUAGAUUCGAAAUUCUAGAGUUGGACUUCAAAGGGUUCCAAAUUUCUAUCUCUGAAACAUGAUUGCCGCAGGGACGAGAAUACUUGAAAUAGGGUUGGGUUUAGUGAUUAUGGUGGUUAUCUUUUUUUGUGUUGGAGCAGAAGGCAAGUGCAAAAGUGGCUGCGAUCUCGCGUUGGCCUCUUAUUACGUUUGGGAAGGAACGAACCUCACAUUCAUUUCCAACGUCAUGGGUGUUUCAAUUAACGAUACUCUUAGGUAUAAUCCUCAGGUACCCAAUCAGGAUAGUAUUCUAUCUGGCAUUAGAAUAAACAUUCCAUUCUCCUGCCAAUGCUUGAAUGGAGAAUUCUUGGGUCAUAUGUUUAACUACUCUGUCAUUCCUGCCGAUACCUAUGACAAGGUUGCUAAGAAACAUUUUUCCAAUCUCACAACUGCGGAGUGGCUGGAAAACCAUAACAGCUACUCUGCCAUCGAUAUCCCUGACACUGAUGCCCAACUCAAUGUCACCGUAAAUUGCUCCUGCGGGGAUAGCAGUGUCUCCAAAGAUUAUGGGUUGUUUGUGACGUACCCACUUCGUCCGAAUGAUAGCUUGCCGUCUAUUGCAUCUCAGUUCAAUCUCUCUUCCAGUUUGGUGCAGAACUACAACCCCAAUACCAAUUUCAGCCUUGGGAGUGGCUUGGUGUUUGUUCCAGCCAAAGAUCAAAAUGGAAGCUACCGUCCCCUAAAUUUGAGUGCAGGAACUUCUAGUGGAGUAAUUGCUCGCAUAUUGAUUCCUAUAGCAGCUGUAGCUUUGUCUUUGGCGGCAGUGUUUACAUAUCUUUAUAGAAGAAAGAAGGUAAAGAAGGUAAUGUUGCUAGCCGCAGCAACAGAUGAUGAUUAUUCUCAACAUAGACGUGGUUCUUUGGGUAUCUUGGAUAAUACCACCGAAUCUGUUGCUUUUGUUGGUGGUCCUUCUCCAAGGCUGACAGAUAUCACUGUGGAUAAAUCAGUGGAGUUCUCAUAUGAAGAGCUCGCAAAGGCUACAAACAAUUUCAGUUUGGCUAAUAAAAUUGGUCAAGGUGGUUAUGGAUCAGUUUAUCAUGCAGAAUUAAGAGGCAAGAAAGCUGCAAUCAAGAAGAUGGAUAUGAAAGCAACAAGGGAAUUCCUUGCUGAAUUGAAGGUUCUGACACAUGUUCAUCACUUGAACCUGGUGUGCUUGAUUGGAUAUUGCACUGAGGGUUCUUUGUGCUUGGUCUAUGAGUUCAUUGAGAAAGGAAACUUGAGCCAAAAUUUGCAUGGAUUAGGGAAGGAACCACUAUCAUGGUCUACUAGAGUGCAAAUUGCCCUUGAUUCAGCAAGAGGUCUUGAAUAUAUCCAUGAGCAUACCGUUCCUGUGUAUGUCCAUCGUGAUAUUAAAUCAGCAAACAUUUUGAUAGACAAGAACUGCCAUGGAAAGGUUGCGGAUUUUGGACUGGCAAAGUUGACUCAAGUUGGAAGUGCUUCAUUACAAUCACAUCUAGUGGGAACAUUUGGAUACAUGCCUCCAGAGUAUGGUCGAUUAGGUGAUGUUUCUCCCAAGAUAGAUGUUUAUGCUUUUGGAGUCGUCCUUUAUGAACUUAUUUCAGCUAAGGAAGCAAUAGUCAAGCCAGAUGGAUCCAGUGCUGAACCAAGGACUCUUGUUGCUAUGUUUGAAGAUGUUCUUACCCAACCAGCUCCAAAAGAAGAUCUCCGCAAACUUGUCGAUCCAAGGCUUGGGGAUGACUAUCCACUUGACUCAGUUCAUAAGAUGGCGCAGCUUGCCAGAGCUUGCACACAAGGGGAUCCAAAGCUAAGGCCUCGUAUGAAGUCCGUUGUUGUUGUAUUGAUGACACUUUCAUCCUCAUCUGAAGACUGGGAUGUUGGCACCCUCUAUGAGAACCAAGCUCUGGUCAAUCUAAUGUCAGGAAGGUAGCAGGUGUUCCAUCCUUGUUACUGAUGCCUCUGCAGGUACGUAUAUCUAAUUGUGGUAGAAAUCAAAUGUAUCUGCCUUGAGUCCAUCCCCUUGUAGAUGUGUUUCAGCAACAACUUUAGGUGAAUUUAUAGGUUGAUUCAUGUGAAAAGUUGCCGGAUAUAGUCGUGCCUGAAAAGAAACAGAUAAGAAAAUGGAUGAAAAACAAACAAUAUGCUUCUUCUGUAUCAUGAAGUAAAUGGAAUAAUUCCAGAGGUUUUAUUGUGCUGUCA